UUCAGGGAACGAAGAGUUGAAUCAUUUAACAUGAAUAAGGUAAAUGAGAGCAUCCCAUGGGAGUUCGUCCUGUUAGGUUUCUCAGAUCGACCAUGGCUAGAGUUUCUGCUCUUUGUGGUGUUCCUGGUUUCCUAUAUUUUGACAAUCUUUGGCAAUUUGGCCAUAAUUCUUGUGGCACAUCUGGACCCCAAACUCCAUACCCCCAUGUAUUUCUUUCUCACCAAUCUAUCUUUCCUGGACCUUUGCUACACCACAACUAUAAUUCCACAAAUGCUGGUAAACUUAUGCAACACCAGGAAGGUAAUAAGUUAUGGUGGCUGUGUGGUCCAACUUCUCAUUUCUCUGGCCUUGGGUGGCACUGAAUGUAUUCUCCUGGUCAUCAUGUCCUUUGAUAGGUUUGUAGCUAUUUGUCGGCCUCUCCAUUACUCAGUCAUCAUGCACCAAAAGCUCUGCCUCCAGUUGGCAGCUGCAUGCUGGAUUAGUGGCUUUAGCAACUCAGUAUUGCAGUCCACCUUGACCCUUAAGAUGCCACUGUGUGGUCACAAAGUGGAUCAUUUCUUCUGUGAAGUCCCUGCUCUGCUCAAGUUGUCCUGUGUUGAUACAACAGCAAAUGAGGCUGAACUCUUCUUCCUCUGUCUGCCAUUCCUUCUAAUACCUGUGACGCUCAUCCUUAUAUCAUACACUUUCAUUGCCCGAGCAGUGUUGAGAAUACAGUCAGCAGAAGGUCAGCGAAAGGCAUUUGGGAUAUGUGGUUCUCACCUAAUUGUAGUGUCACUUUUUUAUGGCACUGCUCUCUAUAUGUAUCUGCAACCACCAUCCUCUACCUCCAAGGACGGGGGAAAGAUGGCGUCUCUUUUCUAUGGAAUCAUCACACCCAUGUUGAACCCCCUUAUAUACACACUUAGAAACAAAGAUGUAAAGGGAGCUUUCAAGAUGUUGGUUGCAAGUGUGUUCUUAAUGAAGAAACAGUAA